AAAGAAGAGUGAGGAGGAGGAGCUGCAGCUUUGAACAAAUGAAUGUUGGUCGUCAGAAACAUAAGAUCAGGCUGAAGGAGACAUUUGAACGUGUGACUGAAGGAGCUGAAACAGGAAGUAGAACCCUCCUCAACAGGAUCUACACUGCCCUCUACAUCAUAGAGGGACAGAGUGAAGAGGUUAAUACCCAACAUGAGGUGAGGCAGCUCGAGACAGCUUCCAAGAAGAAGACCCUCCAUGACUCUCCAAUCAAGUGCUGUGACAUCUUUAAAGCCUUACCUGACCAACAGAAACACAUCAGAGUGGUUCUGACGAGCGGCGUCGCUGGCGUUGGAAAAACCUUCUCAGUGCAGAAGUUCUGUCUGGACUGGGCCGAGGGUUUGGAGAACCAAGAUAUCAGUCUGGUGAUUCCUCUUUCCUUCAGGGAGCUGAACUUGAUCAAAGAUGAGCAGUACAGUCUUCUGGAGCUGCUCCGUGUUUUCCAUCCAACAUUACAGGAGGUCCCAGCAGAGCAGCUCGCUGGCUCUAAAGUUCUCUUCAUCUUUGACGGCCUGGAUGAAAGCAGACUUUACCUGGAUUUCAACAACAAUGAGGCUGUUUCUGAUGUCACACAGAAGUCAUCAGUCAACGUGCUGUUGACAAACCUCAUCCAGGGGAAGCUGCUUCCCUCGGCUCUCGUCUGGAUAACUUCCCGACCUGCAGCAGCCAAUCAGAUCCCUCCUGCGUGCGUUGACAGGGUAACAGAAGUACAAGGCUUCACUGAUGCCCAGAAGGAGGAGUACUUCAGGAAGAGAGUCAGUGAUGAAGAGCUGUCCAGCAGAAUCAUCUCCCACAUCAAGACCUCCAGGAGCCUACACAUGCGUCUGUCCCCAGUCUUCUGCUGGAUCACUGCUACAGUUCUGGACCACAUGUUGACUGCAGACCAGAGAGGAGAGCUGCCCAAGACCCUGACUGACAUGUACUCACACUUCCUGCUGGUUCAGACAAAGAGGAAGAAGCUCAAGUAUGCUGAGGGACAUGAGACGAGUCCACAGGAGCUGACGGAGGCUGACGGGGAAGUUCUUCUGAAGCUGGGGAGGCUGGCGUUUGAACAGCUGGAGAAAGGAAACAUCAUGUUCUACCAAGAAGACCUGGAGCGCUGUGGUCUGGAUGUCACAGAGGCCUCGCUGUACUCAGGAGUUUGUACAAAGAUCUUCAAAAGAGAGAGUGUGAUCUUCCAGAAAACAGUCUACUGCUUCAUUCAUCUGAGCGUUCAGGAGUUUCUGGCUGCAGUCUACCUGUUCCACUGUUACACCAACAGGAACACACAGGAGGACUUCCUGGGAGAAGACAGGGACCAGAAGGAACAAGAUGACCAUUACCCAUCCCUGGAUGUCUUCCUGAAGAGAGCCAUGAAGAAAUUAGAAAGUAAAAAUGGCUACCUGGACCUGUUUGUCCGCUUCCUUCAUGGCCUCUCUCUGGAGUCCAACCAGAGACUCUUAGGAGGCCUGCUGGGUCAGACAGACAGCAGUCCAGAAAUCAUCCAGAGAGCCAUCAAAAACCUGAAGAAGAUGAACAGUUAUGGGAUCUCUGCUGACAGAAGCAUCAACAUCUUCCACUGUCUGACGGAGAUGAACGACCGCUCAGUCCAUCAGGAGAUCCAAGAGUUCCUGAAGUCAGAGAACAGAUCAGAGAAGAAACUCUCUGAGAUUCAGUGCUCAGCUCUGUCCUACAUGCUGCAGAUAUCAGAGGAGGUUCUGGAUGAGUUGGACCUGGAGAAGUACAACACAACACCAGAGGGACGAUGGAGACUGUUUCCAGCUGUGAGGAACUGCAGGAAGGCUCGACUUUCUGACUGUUACCUCUCUGAGACUGACUGUGAAGUUGUGGCCUCAGCGCUGAAGUGCAACCCCUCCCAUCUGAGAGAGCUGGACCUGAGUUACAAUGACCUGCUGGAUUCAGGAGUGGAGCAUCUGUGUGCUGGACUGCAGAGUCCAAACUGUAGACUGGAGACUCUCAGAUUGGUGGUCUGCAGUUUGUCAGAGAUCAGCUGUGCUUCUCUGGUCUCAGCUCUGAAGUCCAACCCCUCCCUUCUGAGAGAGCUGGACCUGAGUGGAAACAAGCUGCAGGAUUCAGGAGUGAAGCUGCUGUGUGAUCUUGUAGCGAAUCCAAACUAUCGACUGGAUACUCUGUGGACGAGUUACAGGGCUGCACCUGACAGACAUGAAGGAGAUCCGUCUUCGUCAGAGUCAAACCUUGAUGUGUCUGAGAACAGAAGAGAGGACCAGCUGUCUCCUGAUGAUCCAGAGAGGUUGGAGCAGCAGCAGCUUGUGUGUGGAGAGGCUCCCGAUACAAAUGAAAUGUUCUUUUUCACACCUGAGCUGCUGACUGAGUCUGGAAAGACUACAUACAGGUUCAGGUGUCCUGGUCCAGGUGGGUUCCAGUGUGCUUUGACUGGACUGGGGUUUGUUACGACUCAAGAGGCGGAGCUGCUGUACAACACUGUCCAAUGGGAUGAGAGCCUCCUCCAAUCAGCUGGCAGGAUGGCUGCAGGGCCGCUGUUUGACAUCAAGUGUUCAGAGGAUGGAGCAGUCUGUCAGCUCCACCUUCCACACUGUGAAACAAAGGAGGUGCUGCUUGUUGAUGGCCUGUUGUCUGUCGUCCACAUCACUGAUGAUGGGAUGAACAUCUUGGAGCCGCUGGAGAUUACAGACACUCAUGUGGUCGUGAAGGUCCCUCACCUCUCUGCCUUUGGCCUGAUCUGGGAUAUCGUUAAAAGAUUUCUGAACAUCUCACUGCCAAUAGAGGCCCAAGUUCUUCUGUUCCUCCGAUCUUUGAAUGUUGCUCGUCCAGUACUCAAUGUUUUACUGCUGCCUGGCAACAUCCCUUUAACUGAGGUUAAAAUGCAAUACCAAGAUGCUGAGCACAUCCAGAUCCCUUCCUACUGUGAUGUCAUAUCUGGUCAAAGUUACAGUGUCCACUGUGACCCUGAGGUCCACAAAAUACAGCCUGAGAGUGCACCAUUUCGCUUAAGGUAUGGACCAAAUUACCAUGCAACAUUUAAAGUUCUCCUGAAGAUGAUCCCAGAGAACGUGACCUUGAUGUUCCAGGACCAAGAGAGGAGGGAAGUCCUGAAGUGUGACGUCAGUCUGAGAGGUCCAACUGGGCCAAAUCCACAGAGGAAUGACCCAGCAGAGGACAGUGUCCCAGCAGAGGACAGGUAUCCUCCAGAAGACAGGUUGUUUCUAGUUCGGACACAGUUUGUAGAGCGAGUGUCUGAUCCAGUUCUGAACCAGCUUCUGGAUAAACUCCUUGAGCGUGGUGUUAUAACUGAUGGUGAAAUGCAGUCAGUCAGAACAGGCAGAGCAGAGAAAGCCCGAGACCUGAUGGACACGGUGAGAAGAAAAGGAAGAGCAGCCAGCUCAGUUCUGAUCUCUGCUCUCUGUGAGGUGGAUCCAGUCCUUUCCACAGAGCUGAGGUUAAUGUGAAGAACCAAACUGUGGAGAGUUGGGAUGGAUCUCUACAAUAACUGACUGGUACACAUUGUCUCUUUGAAAUGAAAAGCUGUUAAAGUCUGUUUUUAAUAAGUGGACUUUGACUCUGAAAGUGAUUGAGUCCAGUAAAGAGCAGAGUGCUGUUCUUAGUUUCAGCCACUAGAUGGAGACAGAACUUCACUGAUGGACAAACAAGAUGCAGAAUCAGAACAUCAGAAAACCAGCUGAGAAAGAUUUCUGAGUGAACAUUGAACUGUUGUUUAAAGAGGUGAUAGAAAGAUUAUAUAGGGUAUUUCACACUGUUCCUUAAGG